AUGUCGAAACGCACGUCCUCCAGCAACGGCGUCGCCGCCAACACUAAAGGAACCUCGCAUACGUUCGAGUCGCCCUACGAUAAGCAAAAGGUGCUCCUCGAGUUGACGACGGGCCACUUCUCACUCGUCCGGGCGCUGCACAUGGCCGACUACAUCACCGAGAUGAACGGCUUCUGCGGCAUCAUGUCCGUUUUCAGCUCGCUGCGCUACUGUCUGGGCGACCCCGCAGAUAAGGGGAACCUGUACCUCGCGCUCGCUUUUUUACCGUUCGGCUUGUUCUUUGAUUUCAUGGAUGGGCGCGUGGCGAGGUGGCGCAAGAAGAGUAGUAUGAUGGGGCAGGAGUUGGAUAGUUUGGCUGAUUUGAUCUCCUUCGGUCUAGCCCCCGCCUGCGUAGCCUUCUGCCUCGGCCUCCGCACGCCCCUCGACCACGUUCUGCUGACCAUUUUCGUGCUGUGCGGCCUGACCCGCCUGGCGCGCUUCAACGUGACGGCCGCUAACAUCCCGCACGACGCCUCGGGCAAGGCUUCGUACUUUGAGGGUACCCCCAUCCCGACCACGCUGGGGCUCGACGCCAUGAUGGCCUUCUGGGUCAGCAAGGGCUGGAUCCUCGACCAAGUGCCCGGUGGCGUCUGGUUCCAAGGAACUGCGCUUGAGGUCCACCCUGUUGUUGCGAUCUUCAUUGUUCACGGUUGCUUGAUGUGCAGCAAGAGUCUGCAUGUGCCCAAGCCUUAA